UCACAGGCUCAAAUAUUCCUCUUGUUCAUUUUGGUCACUGCUAUCUUUAACUACUUCAUUGGGACCUUCAUCCCUGUCGAGUCCAAGGAGAAAUUUGGCUUCUUCAGCUAUGACGCGGGCAUCUUGGCAGAUAACUUUGGCCCAGACUUUCGAGGGGAGACGUUUUUCUCCGUUUUUUCCAUCUUCUUCCCAGCUGCCACAGGCAUUUUGGCUGGAGCCAACAUCUCAGGAGAUCUAGCAGAUCCUCAAAUGGCCAUCCCUAAAGGAACGCUGUUGGCUAUCCUCAUAACGGGCCUCGUGUACGUGGGUGUGGCCAUCUCUGCAGGUGCUUGCAUCGUGCGGGAUGCUACAGGAAUGGAGAGUAACGUAACUCUCAGUGGCUUAAACUGCACUGAUGCGGCCUGUAAGUUCGGCUAUGACUUCAGUUCCUGCAGACCUGUUGAAGGAGGGAAGUCUGCCUGCAAGUUCGGCCUUUACAAUGAUUUCCAGGUCAUGAGUGUGGUGUCAGGCUUCGGGCCCCUCAUCACAGCCGGCAUCUUCUCCGCGACCCUCUCCUCGGCCCUGGCCUCUCUCGUCAGUGCCCCCAAAGUCUUCCAGGCCUUAUGCAAAGACAAUAUCUACCCUGGAAUUGCGGUUUUCGGGAAGGGCUACGGCAAAAACAACGAGCCCCUGCGAGGAUAUUUCCUCACCUUUGGCAUUGCCUUGGCCUUCAUUCUCAUUGCGGAGUUGAACAUCAUCGCCCCGAUCAUUUCCAAUUUCUUCCUGGCAUCGUACGCUCUCAUCAACUUCUCUGUGUUUCACGCGUCGCUGGCCAACUCCCCCGGAUGGAGGCCGAGCUUCAAGUACUACAACAUGUGGGUGUCUCUGGCCGGGGCCAUCCUGUGUUGUGUGGUCAUGUUCAUCAUCAACUGGUGGGCGGCCCUCCUGACCAACGUCAUCGUCCUGUCCCUCUACAUCUACGUCAGCUACAAGAAACCAGAUGUGAACUGGGGCUCGUCCACUCAAGCUCUGACGUAUCAUCAGGCCCUGACACACAGUCUGCAGCUGUGCGGAGUAGCUGACCACAUCAAAACCUACAGGUAACACAGCCUCCGUGAGUGAGUGAG